AUGGCAUGGAUAAGAAAAGCUGGUAUGAUAUUAUCUCUAAUUUUAAAUAUUGUAUUGUUUAUUAUUCUAUUACUCUCAGAGAUUGGCAACGAUAAUGUGGAUAAAGAAGAUGCUGAUAAACAACUGGAUGGUGAACCAAGUGAAGUUGGACAAAAAGAACGAGUUCCAGAAACCCAUUUAACAUGGCUCAAUCUUAAAUUUCGUCAUAUCCGUAAUUUUCAUUCAUAUACUCGUCGUCGUAUUCACACACUUGUGAAAUCACAAGCAUUUUAUUGGAUCAUUAUUGUUCUUGUAUUAUUAAACACCAUUGUCUUAGCAUCUGAACAUUAUCCUCAAUCGCCUACAUUAACAAAGAUACAAGAUAUGGCUAAUCGUGUAUUUGUUUGUUUAUUUUCAUGUGAAAUGUUAUUAAAAAUGUAUAGUUUAGGUGUAAUCGGUUAUUUUGUAUCUAAUUUUAAUCGUUUUGACUGCUUUGUUGUUAUUGGUUCAAUAAUUGAAUUUGUUUUACUUUAUUUCAAUAUCAUGCCACCAUUGGGUAUUAGUGUAUUACGUUGUGUUCGAUUAUUGAGAGUAUUUAAAGUAACACGAUAUUGGUUAGCAUUGAGAAAUUUAGUUGCAUCAUUGUUAAAUAGUAUGAAAUCAAUUGCAUCUCUAUUAUUAUUAUUAUUUUUGUUUAUUGUUAUAUUUGCUUUGUUGGGUAUGCAAAUGUUUGGAGGAAAAUUUGAUAAAAUAUUCGAGGUUGAAGAGAAACCUCGAAAUAAUUUUGACUCAUUUUAUAGUGCACUUGUCACAGUCUUUCAAAUUUUAACUGGCGAAGAUUGGAAUGAAGUUAUGUACACUGGUAUUCGGGCAUUAGGUGGUAUUGGUUCAUUUGGCAUAGUUGUUUGUUUUUAUUUCAUUAUUUUGUUCAUAUGUGGUAACUAUAUUCUAUUGAACGUGUUUUUGGCCAUUGCCGUUGAUAAUCUUGCUGAUGCGGAAAAUUUGACAGCAGCUGAAGAAGAAGAGGAAAAAAAACGAAAAGAAUUAGAUAAAGCGAAAUUGAUGGAUGAAGUAAAAGCAAAUGGUGACGUCAAAGUAGAAGAUGAAAACGGAGAACGUCCUAAUGGAAUGGAUGAGACAUCAUCGCCACUAGGUGAUGAAAAGGAGAAUAAAAAUCAGAACAAUGAUUUAAGAGAAGAGGAUGAUGAUCAAACGGGAGAUGAUGAACAACAGUUGGAAAAUGAAGAAGAAGCAGAUAGACGAACAGUGAGACCCAGACGAUUAUCCGAAUUGAAUAUUGUAGAAAAAGUAAAACCAAUACCACCACAUAGCUCAUUGUUUAUAUUCAGUCAUACAAACAAAUUUCGAAUAUUUUGUCAUAAAGUUUGUAAUCAUCGGUGGUUCGGUUUAAUUGUGUUGGCGUGCAUUUUAUUAUCGAGUAUAUCAUUAGGCGCAGAGGAUCCCGUUGAUCCGGAAUCAUUUAGAAACAUGAUUCUUAACUCAUGCGAUUAUUUUUUCACAACCGUAUUUACAAUUGAAAUAUGUUUGAAGAUUAUCUCCUACGGUUUAGUAUUGCAUAAAGACUCUAUUUGUCGAAAUUUAUUCAGUAUUCUUGAUAUUCUUGUUGUCUCGGUUUCAUUAACAUCCAUGGUGAUUAAAGAUCGAGCAAUGUCUGUGGUUAAAAUUCUUCGAGUACUUCGUGUUUUACGUCCUUUACGUGCGAUUAAUCGUGCUAAAGGUUUAAAACAUGUUGUACAAUGUGUCAUUGUGGCUAUUAAGACUAUCGGUAAUAUUAUGUUGGUCACAUUCUUACUGCAGUUUAUGUUUGCCUGUAUCGGAGUACAAUUGUUCAAAGGAACAUUUUAUUCAUGUGCCGAUAUAUCAAUGUUAAAUAAAGAAUCGUGCAAGGGUCAUUAUUUGAAAAUUGAAGAUAAACGUUUGAAUAAACAUGAUCGCAUAUGGUUCAAUAAUAAAUUUCAUUUUGACAAUGUUCCACAAGCAUUAUUAACAUUAUUUACAGUUGCUACAUUUGAAGGAUGGCCUAAUCUGUUACAUCAAGCUGUUGAUUCAAAAACAGAAGGCCAUGGACCUGUUUAUAAUUAUCGGCCAUUUGUUGCACUCUAUUUUGUUGCAUUUAUUAUCGUUAUUGCAUUUUUCAUGGUCAAUAUAUUUGUGGGUUUUGUUAUUGUGACAUUUCAAAAUGAAGGUGAACAAGAAUAUCGAAAUUGUGAAUUAGAUAAAAAUCAACGUAAAUGUAUUGAGUUUGCAUUGAAAUCACGACCAGUUAAACGUUACAUACCAAAAAAUAAAACUCAGUUAAAAAUAUGGUGGUUUAUUACAUCACCACCAUUUGAAUAUGCUAUAUUUGCUUUAAUUAUGAUCAACACUUUGUGUUUGGCAAUGAAAUAUCAUAAUCAACCUGCAUCAUAUACAAAAGCACUUGAUUAUAUGAAUAUUCUAUUUACAGCUAUAUUUGGACUUGAAUCAUUAUUAAAAAUAGCUGCAUUUCGUUUUAAAAAUUAUUUUGGAGAUGCUUGGAAUGUAUGCGAUUUUGUUAUUGUACUUGGCAGUGUCAUUGACAUCGUCUAUAGUGAUAUUAUUGCUCCCGGUAGUAAUGUAAUUAGCAUCAAUUUCUUUCGAUUAUUUCGUGUUAUGCGUCUUGUUAAAUUGUUGAGUCGUGGAGAAGGUAUUCGAACAUUAUUAUGGACGUUUAUUAAGUCAUUUCAAGCAUUACCAUAUGUUGCUCUACUGAUUGUUAUGCUAUUCUUUAUCUAUGCUGUUAUUGGCAUGCAAGUAUUUGGAAAAAUUGCUUUGGACGAUGAUACGCCAAUUACUAUCGAUAACAAUUUCCAGACAUUUUUCAGUUCAUUACUCGUUUUAUUUCGGUCUGCUACUGGUGAGGCAUGGCAAGAAGUCAUGUAUGCGUGUGGUCCAAGUGCAAAUGCUAAAUGUGACAAAAGAGCAAAACCAAAAGCAAAUGAUACAUGUGGAAGUUAUUUUUCUAUACCAUAUUUUCUUUCAUUUUAUAUAUUAUGUUCAUUUUUGAUAAUUAAUUUGUUUGUCGCUGUUAUCAUGGAUAAUUUUGAUUACUUGACACGUGAUUGGUCUAUUCUUGGUCCUCAUCAUUUAGAUGAAUUUGUACGAUUAUGGUCAGAAUAUGAUCCAGAAGCGAAAGGUAGAAUAAAACACCUUGAUGUCAUAACGUUAUUACGAAAAAUAUCACCCCCACUUGGCUUUGGUAAAUUGUGUCCUCAUCGUGUUGCAUGCAAGAAAUUGGUCUCAAUGAAUAUGCCAUUGAAUAUCGAUGGAACCGUUAUGUUCAAUGCCACUCUAUUUGCCCUUAUUCGGACAUCAUUAAAAAUAAAAACAGAAGGUAAUAUAGAUCAAGCAAAUGAAGAACUGAGAACAGUGGUAAGAAAAAUAUGGAAACGCACACCACAAAAAUUAUUAGAUCAAAUUAUACCACCACCUGGAAGCGAUGAUGAUGUAACAGUUGGCAAAUUUUAUGCAACAUUUUUAAUCCAGGAUUAUUUUCGUCGUUUUAAAAAACGUAAAGAGCAAGCAGCGAAACAAGUGACACUAGGUUUUUCAGGUGCAACGAAAAAUGCUGUUGCGUUGCACGCUGGCUUGAGACAAAUCCAAGAUAUGGGUCCGGAGAUAAGACGAGCAAUAUCAGGUGAUUUAGACGAUGAAGAAACAUUUAAUAAAUUUUGGAAAGAAGAAGAACCACAACAUCGACGUGAGCACACAUUAUUUGGCUCGAUGGUAGGUGCAUUUCAACGAGCAAUGCGUAAACCACAACAGAUGCUUGGCUAUGUACCUGGUUUGACACUUCAACCAACGUUACAAAAUACAGCGCCACUAGGUGGACGAUUAAAACGUGAACCAGAUGGACCCGUAUCUUCACAAGACAAUUCUAUGGAAAAUUACGUACCAUCACCGUUUAGAAUAGGAGCAAUAUCGGCUUAUCGACGUGGUAUUGAACCAGAUCAAUAUGUUUUUGAGAUACCUGAAGAUGAAGACCGUCCAUUAGCCCCAUUGACACUUAAUGAUCGUCAAGGAAAUAUUCGAAAAGAAGGAAGUUUUCGACAUCGUGAACAAUCUGAAACAUCGAAUAACAAUAGUAUCCAAGUAAAUCCAUCAGCAUCAAAUCGACGUCGUUCUCUGUUGGCAAGAUUAUUUUCUCGCCAUAAACAAGAUAGUCAAGAAUCGGCGUUAGUCAAAGCACGAAUAGUGAACCUGGAUGGCGCACUACCGUCUGGGUUAACACAAAAUCUUCUGACAUCCACACUUAUGUCUGAUCAUUUAUCAGAACAUAUUGCUCAGGAACGUGGCAAAAAUCGUCCGCGAUCGAUUCAUUUCGAUCCUCAACAACAUUAUCAUCAUUUCUCUAGGGAUGAGGCUGAAGCAUUGGUUCGAACAUGUCUCGAUAGUCAAGGUAUUGAUCGUCGCUACAGUGCAUUGAUAUUAGAAGAAUUACGUAGCGCAGCUAAUUUAACACACGAACAAUUACAACAAGCAGCACAAGAAAUAACAUUAUCGACACCACAAUAUGCAUCAUUUGCCUCAUCAUCAUACAACAGUCCCAAUACUCCACCAUCACCUGAGCAAAUUUUUUUGUAUGACACAACGAAUUUUGUUAAUGUCUGA